UGGAAAAUAUGCUUUAAACCAACACACAAGAAUCCACACAGGACAGAAGCCUUUCUGUUGUGAUCUAUGUGGAAAAAGUUUUAGCGGAACAUCUAAUUUAAAUGCACACAUGAGAGUCCAUACAGGACAGAAGCCUUUUUGUUGUGAUCUAUGUGGAAAGAGAUUUAGCCAAAAAGCAAAUUUAAAAAUACACACGAGAAUCCACACAGGACAGAAACCUUUCUGUUGUGAUCUAUGUGGACAAAGGUUUAGCCAGAAAGAACGUUUAAAAAUACACAUGAGAAUCCACACAGGACAGAAGCCUUUCAGUUGUGAUCUAUGUGGAAAAAGUUUUAGCGAAACAUCUCAUUUAAAUACACACAUGAGAGUCCAUACAGGACAGAAGCCUUUUUGUUGUGAUCUAUGUGGAAAGAGAUUUAGCCAAAAAGCAAAUUUAAAAAUACACAUGAGAAUCCACACAGGACAGAAGCCUUUCUGUUGUGAUCUAUGUGGAAAACGUUUUAGCCGAACAUCUAAUUUAAAUACACACAUGAGAGUCCAUACAGGACAGAAGCCUUUUUGUUGUGAUCUAUGUGGAAAGAGAUUUAGCCUAAAAGCAAGUUUAAAAAGACACACAAGAAUCCAUACAGGACAGAAGCCUUUCAGUUGUGAUCUAUGUGGAAAAAGUUUUAGCCAUAAAGGAACUUUAAACAAACAUAUAAGAAUCCACACAGGAGAGAAGCCUUUUGGUUGUGAUCUGUGUGGAAAAAGAUUUAGCCAAAAAGCGUAUUUAAGAAUGCACACGAGAAUCCAUACAGGACAGAAGCCUUUCUGUUGUGAUCAAUGUGGACAAAGAUUUAGCCGAAAAGACACUUUAAAUGUACACAUGAGAAUACAUACAGGAGAGAAGCCUUUCUGUUGUGAUCUAUGUGGAAAAGGCUUUAGCCAAAAAGAGUCUUUAAAUAGACAUGUGAGAAUCCAUGCAGGACAUAAGCCUUUCCGUUGUGAUCUAUGUGGAAAAAGUUUUAGCCAAAAAGCUUAUUUAAAAAAACACAAAAUAAUCCACACAGGACAGAAGCCUUUCUGUUGUGAUCUAUGUGGAAAAAGUUUUAGCCGAACAUCUCAUUUAAAUACACACAUGAGAGUCCAUACAGGACAGAAGCCUUUUCGUUGUGAUCUAUGUGGAAAGAGAUUUAGCCAAAUAGCAAAUUUAAAAAUACACACGAGAAUCCACACAGGACAGAAGCCUUUCUGUUGUGAUCUGUGUGGAAAAAGGUUUAGCCAAAAAGAACAUUUAAAAAUACACAUGAGAAUCCACACAGGACAGAAGCCUUUCAGUUGUGAUCUAUGUGGAAAAAGUUUUAGCGAAACAUCUCAUUUAAAUACACACAUGAGAGUCCAUACAGGACAGAAGCCUUUUUGUUGUGAUCUGUGUGGAAAGAGAUUUAGCCAAAAAGCAAAUUUAAAAAUACACACGAGAAUCCACACAGGACAGAAGCCUUUCUGUUGUGAUCUAUGUGGAAAACGUUUUAGCCGAACAUCUAAUUUAAAUACACACAUGAGAGUCCAUACAGGACAGAAGCCUUUUUGUUGUGAUCUAUGUGGAAAGAGAUUUAGCCUAAAAGCAAGUUUAAAAAGACACACAAGAAUCCAUACAGGACAGAAGCCUUUCAGUUGUGAUCUAUGUGGAAAAAGUUUUAGCCAUAAAGGAACUUUAAACAAACAUAUAAGAAUCCACACAGGACAGAAGCCUUUUGGUUGUGAUCUGUGUGGAAAAAGAUUUAGCCAAAAAGCGUAUUUAAGAAUGCACACGAGAAUCCACACAGGACAGAAGCCUUUCUGUUGUGAUCAAUGUGGACAAAGAUUUAGCCGAAAAGACACUUUAAAUGUACACAUGAGAAUACAUACAGGAGAGAAGCCUUUCUGUUGUGAUCUAUGUGGAAAAGGCUUUAGCCAAAAAGAGUCUUUAAAUAGACAUGUGAGAAUCCAUGCAGGACAUAAGCCUUUCCGUUGUGAUCUAUGUGGAAAAAGUUUCAGCCAAAAAGCUUCUUUAAAAAUACACAUGAGAAUCCACGUGGAUAUAGAUUUGGCUAAAAAUCACAUUUAAAAAUACAGACGAGAAUCCAUAUAGGACAGAAACCUUUCAGUUGUGAUCUAUGUGAAAAAAGUUUAGCCAAAAAGCAUAUUUAAUUCACUCACUCCUCCGUGUUGAACACUUGUGUGGUUCCAAAAAAUUAAUUAUGUAAAUAACAGCCUCACGAGAAAAAACAUAUCUCUCUACAAUAGGGCUGGACGAUAUAGAAAAAAAGCUUAUCGAU